AUGGAGGAAGACCUCUACGCCGUUCUUGGCGUACACAAAACAGCAACAUCAGCUGAAAUUAAAAAGGCAUACCACAAGGCUGCACUUGCUUCACAUCCUGACAAAGUCCCAGAAGAAGAGCGCGAGGAGGCCGAGGUGCGAUUUAAAGUCGUCAGCCAAGCAUACGAGAUCUUGUCAGACGAUUCACAAAGAAGUCUAUAUGAUAGACAUGGCAUGGAUGCAUUCACAAAGGGACGCGCUCCCUCCUACGAAGACGACUUCCAAGACUUCUUCGGCUUUGGCGGCGGCCCCGGCUUCAGAGACAACGGCUAUGGCGGUUCCCAAUUCGGUUCAAAACCACGGACCGAGAACGCACAGUUUGAAAUCUCCAUAUCACUCAAGAACGCGUAUAUCGGUAAGACCGAGAAAAUGUCAAUCAAGCGCAAUAUCGUGUGUCAGACGUGUAAAGGCAGUGGCGCAAAGAGCACGGCUAAGCCGCGUAAAUGCGGCCAUUGCAAGGGUGCCGGUGUGGUACCGGGACAUAUGCCUAUCGGUGGCGGGAUGAGUAUUCAGGUCAAUCGAAACUGCCCUGUUUGUGCUGGAAGUGGCAACAUUGUGAAGGACAAGGACAAAUGCAAGAAAUGCAAGGGCAAGAUGAUCCUUGAGGAAACCAAGAUCAUAGAGGUUUACAUUCCUCCUGGAAUUCAAGAUGGAGAGAAGAUUGUCAAAAAGGGAAUGGCUGAUGAAGCUGUUCGUCAGGAAACCGGCGACAUCAUUUUCAUCAUCAACAUUGAAAAGCACGACCAAUUCACACGCGUCGGCAACGAUCUUCGCGCGACUAUCAACAUCACCCUAGUCGAAGCUCUGUGUGGACUCGAUCGGCAAAUAAUCCAGCACCUGGAUGAGCGUGUUCUACGUCUGAAAGUACCCCCAGGCAAAGUCAUCUCGCCUGGCAAAAUCCUGCUAGUGGAAGGCGAAGGCAUGCCAAUCAAGAGCGGACCCAACGCCGGCGGUCGGGGCGAUCUAUAUCUCGACAUAGAUAUCGAAUUCCCGAAAGACAACUGGUUUGCAGACAGAUCAGAGAUGCGGAGGGUAGCCGACUCUCUUACAUUCCCGCCGUCCAAGCCGGUUUAUACUCCGAAGAGUGAGACGGACGCGCCGCCGAUAGAAGACAUGGUUGCGUUUAAUCUUGUCGACUCGGAUGCGGAGUUUGGUAAAUAUGAAGGAUAUCAUGGUGAAGACAACGAAGAUGACUGGGAUGAUGAAGAGGAAGAACAAGGUGCGGAAUGCGCUACGCAAUGA